AUGGCUUCGGCGCAUAGCGCGAUCGUCACGGCGCUUCAGCACCGGGUUCAGUUUGUCAGUGCCCAAACGGCGACUACAGGGACCCCCGUCGGCUCGAUGCUAGACGCGAAGUUGCAGGCGAUGUUGGUCCAGAUUCAGCAGGCGACUGGGAUCACGCUCCAGGGGGGGACCGAGAUCAUGAACGAGGUAGGCCGUGGCCCGUGGACAGUAGAACACAGGCAGGCCUUCUCUACUGCCGUGAGCAAUAACAUUGCGGCGCCCGUCGCGCGGUCGACUCGCCCUACCCAGAAGUGCAGUGCCAUCCGCAACUUCUUCACGGAAGGCGAUUGGGCGAUCUUCGAGAGCAGCCAGCUGACCGAAGAGCCGAAGCUGCAGGCGAUGGCGAAGAGGCUUUCCAUGCUCGGCAUCGUGUGCCCAUGCGAGAAGCUCUUGAUGUCGGCAUGCGCGUUGCUGGUCAUGAAGGGCGACCCCCCGCCGAAGGACCACGCUCAGAAACGCGAAAUGUGCCACAACCUGUCGAAGCUGAUCAAGAUGCACGACAAGACGACUACAUGGCCGUUCACCUACAUCACGAACUACAUGGACAGCCCCCUGACCUUGCCUCCAGAGAUUUAUGCCCGCGCAUACGGCGCCGACAAGCCCUGUCCACCACCCCCGCCGUUCGAGACGUCGGUCUACAACGAUGCCGUCUUGGGAAUGUGCUACAGGUCCAACCGCACUGGCGUGUCGGGCAGCAAGAAAUCCCCUGGCACCUCACUUGCUGUUCCGACCGCAGGCGCAUUGCAGCAGCAUCAUCAACAAGUUGACGCGAUGCAGAUGUGCAUGGGGAUGAUGGGCGCGAUGAUGCAGCGCAUGGGGGUGGCGCCGACUGGAGCAGACAACGUCAACGACGGCGGCAUCAACAUUGCAAUGCUGAAGGGCGGCGCGGCUUCUCCCAAGUCUUCGGCGCCCUCUCAUACGUUGAGUGCAGAGACUCUGUCUCUGGGGGGUUCGCCCAAGGAACCGAUGCCAGCACCCCCCGCGCCAGCAGGGCCCGCGAAGACCGCGGCGGCCGCGGUUGAUGAGGCCAAGGAGCUCGAGAAGAAGAUGGUCGCAUCUGCCCAGGCCCAUGGCAAGUUCACGGCCGACAUCUCGCAUCUCUUGACGCCCGAGCUUGCCAAGGGCUGCAUCCCGAAGAACUUCAAGUGCAAGGCUUACGACCGCGCGAAGUACCUAGCUCAGCAGGCGGGGUUGAGCAGUUCAGCUCAGACAUCGGUUGCUCAGAUGGCUUAUGCCAAAGCAGCCGAGUACCUCGCGGCCUGA